CGAGAGCUCGCAGCGUACACAAAUUCGCUGCUUAGUGGGCGCGUUCUGGUUUGUCGCGUCGCGUCGCUCGUUUACUGUAUAAUUGAAAUGCCAGUGGAGGAUAUAUCAUAUCUGAAACUCCUCUCCCCCCUGACUGUCAGCGACAAACAACGUGGGACGCUGGAAUUUGUUAUACCACACCACAGAGACUUUUGCCCUGCUUUUUAUACACCGCCGCCGCGUCAUAAGUAAAUCUCGCGUUUCGCGGAGCUGGAAAAUAUGUGUAAACUACUGACAGCGCUGAAGUAAACAUUGCACUGUCACCCGCGGUUGAGUACUCACAAAUGUCAUGCACUGUUCAAGAGCCUUUGUCUUCUGUGACAUUCAGCGGACAGCCAACAUGAAGCAGACAGGUACAGUCAGAACACUUUGCCUGUUCUAAUGGACUUUAAAACUUGUUGAAAUCAUUGUUAACAUGGAAGAGGCAGGCGCUGGGAACGGUACUGGGACGCAGGGCUGUGAACUGGAGCGUUCUGGAGACGGAGGACUGGAUGAGGUGCAGAUGCAUCUCGCCUGCUUACCGGAGCGGUACAUGAGAGCCAAGUUUUCCCUCUCCGCGUACAUAUUUUGUUGGACGGUAGUAAAGUUGUGUCAGAGAUUAAGACCAUCGCCAGUUCUUACCCAGGCCCCAGCUUUAGAGGACUCUGGGAGUGAGACAGCCUGUCUGGAUGAUGGGGAGUCUCCGCUGGAGGAGCAUGGAGAGCAACAGGACCAUCAGGAAUGGUGUGAGCCAGUUCCUGAAGCAGUACAGGACACAAAAGAGGAAUAUUUUGACACACAGUCGUGGCCCAGUGACACUUUCUCUGAAUCGAGUCAUGAAACUAAGGACUGCUGCAGGACACCGCUCAGCUAUGAGGUUGGAUCUUGCUCUGUGGGUCAUCUGGACUCACACUCUCCAUUUAUCACACCAUCACCUUUGAUUAGAGGGAGAGAUCCCUCUUCAUCGAAACAGCAUCCUUUUGUCAAUCAUGCUGACAGUCUCUGUAGAACUGUGGAUAGAGAGCAAUUGCAAAUACAGACUGGAAAUAUGGGGACGAUGGACAUGGGAGUUGAUGGCACUGGAAUGUCUAAAGCUAAGGGUGCUCUGGAAUGUGAGGAGGUUUUCAGCAAUUUUCCAGCGGAACCUGAAGUUGAUUCUUCUUCAAGGAAUGGUCAAUCCUAUGUAGUAACACCUCUACUGGCAUUAGAGAACUCUGUGGAACCACAAACACUCACUGAGCCAUGUACUAAUGACUCAUUAUUGACCUUAACAGAUGGUGAUGGAGCCAAGUUUCAGUUUGCUGACACCUUUGAGGAAAAAUCACAAAUUAACAAAAAUAUUAUGAAUACUCAGUCAGGACACAAUGAGCCGCAAAUACAGUUCCUAACCUCAAGUGAAAAACAGUUACAGCAAAACGAUAUUGACAGUAGUAACACUGAAAUACAGUUGAUUUCUAAUGCAUCUGUUGCAAAUAGUAAAGAUGCCGAAUGUCAUGUGCUGGGUGUUGAUGAAAAUAAGAUCAGUUUAUCUGUAUCACGUCAUCUUUUUGUAUAUGAGUCUGUAUCAGUUGAGAAGCCUAUUGAACAGAAGGUUGAGGAGCCAACAAAACACAGCCAUUCACAGCCCUCAGUAGAGCACAGCAAAUCACAGGCCUCAGCAGAACAUAACCAAUCACAGCAUUCUGUAGAAUGCAGCCAAUCACAGAAUUUAGCAGAGCACAGCAAAUUACAAGACUCAGCAGAACACAGCCAAUCACAAGAAUCAGUAGAACAUAGGCAAUCACAAGAAUCAGUAGAACAUAGGCAAUCACAGGAUUCUGUAGAAUGUAGCCAAUCACAGAAUUCAGUAGAGCACAGCCAAUCACAGGAUCCAGUAGAACACACCCAAUCACAGGAUUCCGUAGAAUGCAGUCAAUCACAGAAUUCAGUAGAACACAGGCAGUUAUGGGACUCAGAAGAACACAGCCAGUCUCAGCAUUCUGUAGAAUGUAGCCAAUCACAGAAUUCAGUAGAGCACAGCCAAUCACAGGACCCAGUAGAACAUAGUCUGUCACAGACCCCAGUAGAACACACCCAAUUACAGGAUUCUGUAGAUUGCAGCCAAUUACAGAAUUCAGUAGAACACAGUCAAUCACAAGACCCAGUAGAACACAGCCAGUCAAAUAAUUCUGUAGAGUGGAGCCAAUCACAAGAUUCAGUGGAACACAGACAAUCACAGGACUCAUUAGAACACAGUCAACCACAUAUUUCAACAGAACAUAGGCAAUUACAGAAUUCAGUAGAAUGUAGCCAAUCACAGGAUUCCGUACAUCACAGGAAAUCACAGGAUUUAGCUACACAAAACCAAUCACAGAACUCCAUAGGGCACAGCCAAUCACAAACUUCAAUGGAACACAGCCAAUCACAGUCUUCAGUAGAAGACACACAAUUACAAGUUGAUUUCAUUACAGCAAAUUCAACGAACACCCAGUGGACUGUGACCGAGUCGGGCCAAGACUGCAUGGAUGUUUACAUGGAUUGUGAAGUCAAUCAAUCCUUGAAAACUUCUGGAGGGCUUUCAUCAAAGGAUACUGACAAAGAACUCGAUUUGAACUUUGAAAAGAAUAACAGUCUAAAUUUCAAAAAACAGGCCUUAAAUGGCACCCUACCCAUUGUUUCUGAAGGUGAAUGUUUUGCAGCUGAGAGAGCUUUCUCAGAUGUGCCUAAUGCAACUUCUGCUGGAGUGUCAGAUUCACUGCAUCAGCGUGUGAUCAAUGAAUGGACCUCAGAACAGUCAGAUCUGCAGGCCAGACCUCAUUACGGUUACCCCGUAUGUCAAAUGCACAGAAAAAAAGAUUACUCAGUUACUAGUUAUCACAUGGACAGUCGUUGUUUAGAGGACAGUGGGCAAACUUAUUCACGGGACCAUGAGCCUGAGGCAGAUUUUUAUGAAACCCAUCAGUGCCCUAGUAGAAUUAAUUGUAACACACAGAGUGAAUUCACUGAAGCACAAGUUUAUGUUAGCACUAAAACUUUUGAUACCAAUGAUGGUGACGUUUUCGAAGGAAUACUGAAAGAUAGCAAAACACAUCACAUUGUUAAAGGGAACCAGAAAGAAUGUAUAAUAGUUCCCUCAAUAGAGCAGUCAGUAAUUUACUCUGAUAGUUUGGGAUGCAUCGAAUACACUAGGCCCAAGUCACUGAGUGUUACGUGUCCUGACAAGAAGACAGCUGAAGCUGAUGGGUGUCCUGUAGACAGUCCUGUCGAAUCUCUGGCUGGUCUGUCUGAGAUUUCGUAUGACAAAUCUCAAGUCAGCCCCACAGAUGAUUGCUUUGAGCUCAGUGAUGGCCUUCGUAUGAACUGCAAACAAGUAGCACACUGCGUUAUAGGAUAUACAGAGACCUCCAAACAAUUUCACCGACCCAACACCCUAUCUGACAAACAAGCAAGGCAAAAUGAGUCAGUUGAAACAAUUGAGCCGGAUAUUGAUAUUUGGUCUAGUGCAUGUACUGAUCCUUUCACAAAUGCUCAGUCUCCUUUUGAUUAUUCCCAGCUGAACAGUAGAAACAAUGAAUACAGCUCAGACACAAAUAAUAAUAUUAAAGCCAUUACUUUAGAAGAGUGUGCCUCAGGUGAACAGAUCUCUUUGCCCAAUUCUUUGCAAAAAUACAGCAGGAUUACCAGCAAUGCUGACUCUUUAGUCUCAAAAGUUGGUGAUUUCAAAGAAAGUGACUCUUGUAGCACCCCUGCUAGUCAGGCCACACCCUUUAAAGCACCUGAAAUGAGGACUGCAAUGAAUGGCGAAGAUAAUGUUGCUAAACCUUCUGAAUUCAAUGAAUGUAGCAGCCAUAGAAAUGUUAUAUUAAAACAGCUCUGUGAUUACUGUGGUGGAAAGUAUUGCCAGCUACAUUUGUCUGUAAUGGAGGGAGAGCAGACAGCAGGAGGAUUUCAGCUCAAGGGCACAGACGGCAUCAGUCAAAGCAGAACUGCAGUGUUGCAAUCCUUGAGUCCCUCACACACAGAUGACCAUUACAGCACACAUGGAGAGGUUAAUGCAGACUCUACAAACUGUGAAUUUUCGCAUAUUGGCCAUUUGCUUGCACACAAACAUCCAGAGCUCGUCCAAGAGAAAAGCAUAUUACCACUGGUUGGUUGCUCUCUUAAGGUUGAUGAUAUUUAUGCAUUAGAAAAUAUGGAAAGAAAGCUUGAAACCUUCAAGGCAAACUCUGCUGAAAGCACUGAUUCAGUAUAUGAAACUUCUGAUCUUUGUAAGCAAUCUUUGCAACUGCAAAACUCAGAGAUCAAGGACGCAUUUGUUACAUGUUGCCGUAUUUUACCCAUCACUAAUUUAGAGGCCAUUUUGGAGUUGGACCGUUCACCAGAAAGCUCAUUUGUGACUGAAAACGGACUGGAGGAGCAACAGAGAGGAAGUCCAUUAUCAGAAGUUGGAUUCAAUGAGGAAUGGAGCUCUUGUGAUUACAUCACAACCCGCCCACAUGCGGACGUUUCUGCCAUGUGUACAAAAGCUAAUGUAGCCACUGUCAUGAAUGAACCAGAUGCUGGAGAAACAAUGAACUCUUUAUCAAAUGGAUUUGAUAGCAGUGAUGGUUAUAGUGUUUCCAGCUUUGUGUCACAAGACCUUGACUCCAGUACUAACAGCGAAGAGAUGGAGGACAGCACUCAGUCAUCAUCGAGUCGCCUUGGUUCUGCAAGAAAUAAGAAAACCCAAUCAGGGAAGGGCACUGUGUUUUCUGUUUUUUCUCGAAUCCCCUCGUUCCGCAAGAUCAAAUGGGAACACAAAGGCAAUAACAAGGUUGAUCCAGAAAUGAAGGACUCCAACGAGGAUGGAGAUGAACGGAAUGAGGUGAAGUACAAUAGGUCACCCACAAGUAACAAAUCCAACCCUUCACUGUACAAGACCCCUAUUUCUCACAGUACAGAUCAUCUUACAGACAUUACAAAACUUGUUGACCACUCAAAUGAUGAUAUUUUUGAAAAAGCUUUUUCUUUAAACUUGCACAAUAGAGAGAAAAAUGCACAAUGUCAAAAUUUGUAUCACCAGCAACAGCACAAAGAUGGAGAUGAACUGAAAUCAAGAGCUUCCCCAACGACAGAGGGACUGCAACAAAAAAGAAGCAAAAGUACCGACAAUUUAAACUUACGCAUGAAGCUCGCAAUAGCUCACAAAUCUCUGUCUAGCCUGUUUGAGUCCAGAUAUCCUGAGAGGGACAACCAGGAGCAGAUUUCACAGUCAGAGAACGAGGCGGUAAAAACCAAGCAGUCCUGGAGGAAGAUGAAACGCUCUAAGGAAGCAGAACUUUACAAAAGAACUCUGUCGGUUCCUGGGACGACUUGUGACAAGCCCAUACAUCAGAGCCAUAUUGAUUGUGCCUUCGGUGCUCCUCAGAACAGGUCCAGACUUAACAGCUCACCAGCUUCUCAAAAGAGUUUGAGGAACACGUGCCAUUCUGAUUCACAGAGUUUGAAAUCUGGACCUCAGUCUGAAGAUAGUAAAUGUCUGGAAGGUGGCGAGCUGCCUUGUGCCCCUUACUCAGAUUCUGAGGUCUCGGUAGAUGGCUUUGAGGCCAGUAUUGAGGAUAGGUCGCAAUCACCUGUACACCCAACUAUUUUUGCGCUCGCAAACCAGAUGUCACCUACCUGGACCAGAUCACUAAGCUGUUUUGAGACCACUGAUACUCCGACGAGGCCCAUGAGCCCCAAACCUCACAGUCCUGGUCUGGGCUGGACACACCAGAGGAGCUUCCGUUACCCCUCGAGAUCCGUUGCAUCUUCUCUCUGCUUGCUCGGUCAGGGAGUGAGCACUGACGGUCUCUCCGAUCCACCUCUGAGACCAAUGUCUCUGAAGCCAAGGACAGCACAACUCACUACAGCCCACUCUUUUGAUUCUGAGUGCUUACUAGAGGACAGCAGUUCAGACAGCCAGUCUCAAAAUAGCCUGAAUUCAGCAUCCCUGAUCAACAAACCAGAGCAUGUACAGCACAGUACUGAGCCAGCCAUCCAGUCAGAAGAGAGAAGACAACAAGGAAGUGCAUGUGUGCUUCGGGUGAAGUCCAGAGAGCAGGGUAAAGCUGCACCUAGACCCAUCUCAGACCUCUACGGUUGGACCGUGUCUCUUCAGGGCAUCAGAGAGGUGGCGCUUGACCUGGAGAGGAAGAACAAUGUGCACGAAACACGUCGGCGCUCAUGCUCAUAUGAAACAUUGACUGAUGUGGAGAACAUCUGUAAAAAGAAGGUUAACACGCAAAGUUUGCGUCAGCUUAGCACACCAACAUCUCAGAAGCACGAGAAAGUGCGUGCUAGACUUUACUUCACUUCUCCAGAGCAGUUCCCCUCUGUUCCUCUCAAAGACCACUUUUUUUCCCAGAGCACACCUGUUGGACUGGACUUUUUAGGCUGGCCUCACCGAGCGUCAUUUUCAGAAUCUAAUCUCAGCACACCAGCACAAGAGGCACAGGUCGCCCCUCUGGCCUUGGUGAUAACUGAUGGACCGCAGGAUAAGUCUGGCCUUGCGGAUGAGGUGGGGAGUGAAGAUGACCUGUACAAUGAGUUUCGCAGCUCCUCCAACCGAUUCGGACACCCAGGAGGAGGAGGAGAGCAGCUGGCCAUAAAUGAGCUGAUCAGUGAUGGCAGCGUGUGUGCCGAGGCUCUAUGGGACCAUGUCACUAUGGACGACCAGGAGCUGGGCUUCAAAGCUGGAGACGUCAUUGAAGUAGUGGACGCCACAAACAAGGAGUGGUGGUGGGGCCGGGUGCUGGACAGCGAGGGCUGGUUCCCUGCCAGCUUUGUUCGGUUACGGGUGAACCAAGAUGAGCCCAUGGAGGAAUACUUAGCCAAUCUGGAUGGGGCCUCGGAAGGGGGUGGGGCCAGCAUGGAGGGCCCCUUAGGGCCCGGUCUGCCCUGCAAGGAGCAGAUGAGAGCCAACGUCAUCAAUGAGAUCAUGAGCACAGAGAGGGAUUACAUCAAACACCUAAAGGACAUCUGUGAGGGCUAUAUAAAACAGUGUCGGAAGAGGACAGAUAUGUUUACAGAGGAGCAACUGCGCACUAUCUUUGGGAACAUCGAUGAGCUCUACCGCUUCCAGAAGAAGUUCCUCAAAGCCUUGGAGAAGAAAUUUAACAAAGACCAUCCUCACCUCAGCGAGAUUGGUUCCUGCUUCUUAGAGCACCAAACAAACUUCCAGAUCUACUCCGAGUAUUGCAACAACCACCCCAAUGCCUGCGUGCAGCUCUCCAAAGUGAUGAAGAUCAAGAAGUACGUGUUCUUCUUUGAGGCCUGUCGUCUGCUCCAGAAGAUGAUCGACAUUUCGUUGGAUGGAUUCUUGCUUACUCCUGUUCAGAAGAUCUGCAAGUAUCCUCUGCAGCUGGCUGAACUGCUGAAGUACACCAACCCACAGCACAGAGAUUAUAAGGAUGUGGAAGCUGCCUUAAAUGCGAUGAAGAACGUGGCCAGACUGAUCAAUGAGAGAAAGCGGCGUCUGGAGAAUAUUGACAAAAUUGCUCAGUGGCAGAGCUCCAUAGAGGACUGGGAGGGCGAAGACAUCUUGAGCAGGAGCUCUGAUCUGAUUUUCUCAGGAGACCUGACCAAGAUCUCCCAGCCACAAGCCAAGGGCCAGCAGCGAAUGUUCUUUCUCUUUGACCACCAACUGGUUUUCUGUAAAAAGGAUCUGCUUCGGAGGGACAUCCUGUACUACAAGGGGCGGUUAGACAUGGAUCAGAUGCAAGUGGUGGAUGUAGAGGAUGGGAAGGAUAAGGACUUUAACGUGAGUGUGAAGAAUGCCUUGAAGUUAUGCUCUCCUGGGGGAGAGGAGGUCCACCUUCUGUGUGCCAAGAAACCCGAGCAGAAGCAGCGCUGGCUGCGAGCCUUUGCAGAUGAACGGGAACAGGUCCAGCAUGACCUCGAAACAGGUUUUACGAUCACAGAGGUCCAGAAGAAGCAGGCCAUGUUGAAUGCAUCUAAAAGACAUCAAACAGGGAAGCCCAAAGCAGCUGUGACCAGGCCCUACUAUGACUUCCUGCUGCGACAGAAGCACCCAACGCUUCCCACCUCCCUGCCCCAGCAGCAGGUCAUCAUGUUGGCCGAACCCAAACGCAAGACCUCCAAUUUCUGGCACAAUAUCGGACGCUUGACACCGUUCAAAAAAUGAAAGACUCGGUACAUUUGCGGUUGUGCCUGAACUCGUGUUUUUAUCCCAGUGUAACAUUUAUUUUUAUUGUCCUAUUGCGGAAGCACUUUAUGGGUUGGUUACAAUCAUGGCAUCGCUCCCAGACGUUGUGGAACCUCGUGGGAGGGCAUUCCUGCUAUGUUACUAUUAACAUUGAAAGAGACAGCUUUUACUGCUCAACCGCUCCACUUUCCGGCACGAACACGACUACUGCUGCCAGUCAUUGUAUGGACACGCUUCAUCGAAAGAGCCCUGCUUGAAGAGAGGACUUCUUUUUAUGUUGGUUAAUUUAUUUACAAGUUUUCAAUGUAAGCCAGCUAUCCACAGUGCCCAACUACUAGCUUUUGUAUGUAAUUUGAUACUUUUGUGUAACCCAUGAUGAUGUUUCAAGUUUCAAAGGGUUCUGCACAAGAUAAAAUUAGACCGUGUUGAGAUUUAUUACUGUAUUAACUUCCUGGAGGCUGCCACUCGAAGUCCGUCGAUAUCAUGUCAGUCCGUGUAUGCAACUAUCAACUUCUCCCAACUUUCUCCUCAUGAAGCCUCUAAAAUGAAACUUAGAUGAUGUCCUGUUUCAGAUGAGUGUUUCAUGUAUGUGCUCAAUUGAAUCUGCUGCCUAAUGACUCCUCUGUAACGAACUUCACUUUGAAGUGCCAUUCCAAACGUAACCCUGAUAUUGUGAUGGGGGUUGCAUGAAUUUGCUGUGAAACUCGACAUUUUCAACCAAAUUCUCAAUAUUCUGUAAUUCUGAUAGAUAAUGGUACUAUUAAAUUAAAGACUAUGUUUGACAGGUGUCAAAUAUGUAUGAUUAUCUUUGACCACAAAACAAAGUAUGUUAAUAAAAAGCAUUUGUAAGUGUUAUGUAUCUGACAUCUGGGGAACAUAAAAAUGAUGUUUAUCA